AUGUUGUUCGCCGUCAUGUUCGCGGCGACGCGAUUUUUCCAAAUCGUCACCUUGAUCCCGACCAUGGGCAUGCUCGCCUGGUUCGUCGAUGGCUUCGUAAAGUACAACGCCAUCGUUCCCGAUUCCAUCCUCGUCCUCUUCAUCGUCUCCGUCCUCGCCCUCGCCUGGGCCAUCUUUACCCUCUUCAGCUACCACCGCAGCAGCACAAAUGCCCUCUUCGUCGCAGUCAUCGACCUUGGUUUCGUUGGCGCCUUCAUUGCUGCCGUUUGGUACCUUCGCGGCAUCAACUACGUCGAUUGCACAAACCUCGCGCGCGACGGCCGCUGGUCUGCAAACUUCCCCGGCCUCGUCACCAUUUCCGGUCCCCGCUUCAACUUCUUCACCAACAAGCCCUGUGCUAUGCUCAAGGCAUCCUGGGUCUUUGGCAUCAUCAACACCAUCCUCUUCUUCUUCACCGCCGUUCUCGCCUGGAUGCACGGUGACCACCUAUCCUCCAGCUACGAGCGCAAGUCCUACCACCACGGCCGUCACCGCCGCCACCGCUCUCACAGCCACAGCCAUCGCUCCCACAGCCGUCGCAGCUCUCACUCUCACCGUCGCGUCUACGUUUAA